UUUCCUAGCUAGUGAGACAUGGGAUGCGACGAUCAUUCAAAUUAACUGUCACUCUCGCAUCAGGUGGACCGCAGAGAUAGGCUCUGCCGUGUGUUAACUUUACAUUGCUCGGCGAUCAAAGUGUGUCCAACGCCACCCACAGGGAAACCGACUGGAUUGCACAAUCCUGAAAAAAAGUUAUAAAGUGUAAUAAUAGAUAUCUUGGAUUUUGCAACUUGUGAUGUAAUAGGCGUGAAACUAAAACUGACGGUUUGUUCGUUAGUGAUGUUUCUUGGGAAAAUGCAUCUGCCACAAAAGGUCAGAGGAAUUAUCAUCUUUUCCUAAAAAUAUCGAAGCUGUAAUUUAAAUUUGUUCGUAUCAUGUAAGAUGUUAACGUUUGAGAAAGCUGUCACUUAAGUAAUAGCAGCUUUUAUUUUGCGACACUUACACGGAAGGGGGUAAAAUUCGAACUUAAAAAGCGGAAAUUCUCAGUAGUUCAUGCGUUGAUCUUCAUUGUAACGCCGAGGAAUGCCUCGCAAGAUCUGGGCGACUUGUAGAAGAUGGAUGAUGCUGAAGAACUUCAAACUGCACCACGACAGACCAAAGGACUUUGUUCAUUUCUGGCUCUUUCCCUCCUCUUUGCCGUAUGCAAUUUUCGUGACGGGGGUGUCCGUCUACACAGUAGUCAUGGGACUGGUCAGCGGCUUUCUGAGUGUUUACGGAGUCAAGAUCUUUAUCUGGCUGACCUACUGGUCCUUCUUCACCCUCACGGCCAGGUUCAUCGUCACGGCAGUCAACGCCUGGCGGUACAUCGUCUUCACUCGUCGCAGUCAUCGUGCAGCUAAUCAGGCAACGAGCCAUUGUCCAGAUAUGCCAGUUUUAUACAAAAUACAAUGGCUGCUACAAAACAUGUCUAACUGCUCCGCUGUUAUAGUGGCUGGUCUCUACUGGAUCGUCCUGUAUUCAGGACAGCCAGACACGUUCAUCAGUAUUAACUCCCACGCCUUGAACUCGGUGCUGGUGAUCGUCGACGUGAUGGUGUCACGCGCGCCCGUGAGGGUGCAACACCUGGUGUACACCUUUCUCUUCAUGCUGGUGUUCACUAUCUUCACGGUGGUGUAUUGGGCAGCCGGAGGCACGAACCACAAAGGGCAGCACUACAUCUACUCUACCCUGGACUACACGCACAAGCCGUGGCUGGCUGUGGCCAUGAUCGCGGGCGUGCUGCUCAUCGCCGUCCCGCUCGUCCAGAUUAUCGUCUACGGCUUCUUCCGGCUCCGCAUCUGCAUCGAAGGGCUAUCUUCGUCCUUUGCAGCGAGGACAACGCAAAAAAGCUGUAAUGGAGAAAACAGAUGUGGCCCUGGGCACACAGUUGGUGGACUGGAUCUUCGCUGCAGCAACGCGAUGCAUAAUAAGGACAGAGAGGCAGGGGCGAGGCGGUGGUUGUUGUUGAGAAGACAUACCUGGCGGCAAGGUUGACCAGCCGGUGUGCGGAGGAGGAAGAAGAAAUGGAUGACGUGGAGAUGGACUUCGAGAUGGACGUUGUCCCGCGACCGCCAAUGUUGAGGAACGAAACGGCGCAGAUCUCAUGCACAGACUCUACGAAUGCGUUGCUGGGCUCGCAGGACUACAACUAGCCUUGACAAACUACUUGGGGGAGGGGGAGGAGUGAGGCCACUGACCGCACACCCCAGCAAAUAAACUACAGGGUUAACAAUCUGUCUUAACCUUACCUAAUUUCUAUUAAUAUCCUCGCUUGAUGAGGCUUUUGUCUUUCUUAGUGCUUGUUAUAAGUACAAACAAUCUAAAUAAAUUUAAACAGCUGCAGUUGAAAGACAAGUGACAACGUCUUGCGCAAACGUUUGGUGAAGUUUUCCUGCUGCUAGAAACUUAUAACGCAUAUUACUGGCCACGAGAAGCCGAUGGUGAAGAGUAUCUUAAAUCUGAUUGUGUCAAAAUUUCAGAAGCAAUCAUUUUAUUUUGGAACGCUA